GGAUUACAUCACCACACCGCCCUUGAGAAAGGUAAUUGAUGCGAAUAUCUAUAUCACGCAAAUUUGAUUUAUCCCUAUUGCUCUUGAUGGAUGACAUUCGUCCGCAUUUGAUAGAGGAACAAUAAAAAAUGCAUCCAAUUCCGAGCGUUGCCUUGAACAAUGAACACGCUCCUGGUCCUCUCCGUGUCAAUUGCGAUCACCAAUGGACUUGGUACCUAUCGGAAUGGUCCAGGAAUUGGCAAUUUGUUCGAUUUGGUUGGUGUAACGCCUGGGCCAGAACCGGAGUCUACAACAUUGGGAUUGUGGCAGGAAACCAACCAGGAUCAACCAGGCAUAGAAGAAGCACCCUUCAAAGAAUACCAAGAGGAGGCUGAUAAAUUCAUGGAGAAAUUUGGAUUGCCUUUUCAACGCCCGCUAAACGAUAAAGCUCACUUUGAUAUAAUUCUAAAUUCAAUCAUUGAUCACAUUCUGAUCAAUCUUCACAAGAAGAAGAAACGCGAUGGUGUCAACAAAGAAGAUUAUCCCAAUCAUCAUCCCUUGGAAGAUGGGGAUGGAACCGGGGACUCUGCAGCCGAAGUCCACCCAAAGCUCGAGAGAGGCACCCAUGAGUUCCAACGUUUAAUGUACAAGGCCUUGCAAAGCCUCGAUCCCGAGGAGGCUUUGGCUGUAGCCGACAAAUUGGGACUGGCUGAACCAAAACAACGUACUCUCCUACCCCAUCAUGUUCCGAACUUGGACCAUCCCAAGAACUUUUUUGGCAAUAUAACUUAUCCAGUUCCCAGGACGUGGAACAGGAAAGUGAACUUGUCGGAGUUUCACUUAAAGGCCGAAAAUCUGACGCUGUAUUUGUGCCCCCCACCGGGUGCGAUGAUUAGGGAGGAUCACCAAAAUGUUCCUUGGAAAGCUUUCAACGAUGUCAUGGAUUAUUUUCGACAUGUCACCAACUUUUGGGAAUUGCGCAUUUGCAACAAAGACUCCGUGCCUGCAACAAUGAAUGACAUAAAAUAUUACAUCAAGUUUUCAGGCCGAGUGGAACAUGUGAAUCCUCAUUACGGCUCGGACUAAGAUAAAGAACAUGAAUGCUAUGUUAUUGAUGACUUUAUACUUGUGACUUCAAUACACAAAGGUCUGUUUGAUGCGUUGACAAAACAGA